UUGGAUACCCGGAACCUCAUCGACGUUCAACCACCAAACGACAACCCGGUCAUUUUCCCACGAACCCCUCCCGCACAGUCAACAUGUCCGACAACGGGGACGUCGAGGUCGCCGCCUUCCCUGUCCUGCCCAAGGAGGUUCUGGCCGAGCAGGGCAGCAUCAAGCUGUUCAACAAGUGGAGCUACGAUGAUGUCGAGAUCCGGGAUAUUUCCCUGACCGACUACAUCCAGAUCCGCUCCCCCGUCUACCUCUCCCACUCUGCCGGUCGCUAUGCCGCCAAGCGUUUCCGCAAGGCUCAGUGCCCCAUCAUCGAGCGUCUCACCAACUCCCUCAUGAUGAACGGCCGCAACAACGGAAAGAAGCUCCUCGCUGUUCGCAUCGUCGCUCACGCUUUCGAGAUCAUCCACAUCAUGACCGACCAGAACCCUCUCCAGGUUGCCGUUGACGCCAUUGUCAACUGCGGUCCCCGUGAGGACUCCACCCGUAUCGGUAGCCAGGGUACCGUCCGUCGCCAGGCCGUCGAUGUGUCUCCCCUCCGUCGCGUGAACCAGUCCAUCUCUCUGCUCACCAUCGGUGCUCGCGAGGCCUCUUUCCGCAACAUCAAGAGCAUUGCUGAGUGCCUUGCCGAGGAGCUGAUCAACGCCGCCAAGGGUUCUUCCAACUCCUACGCCAUCAAGAAGAAGGACGAGCUCGAGCGUGUUGCCAAGAGCAACCGGUAAAGGGUUGUGUUGGAUUUGUUCUCCGUUUGGUCCUCUGUUUGCGUAUACUGGAGUGGACGGGGUUUUAACCGGGAUUCAAUGGAUUCGCAUGCAUCUGCAAGGCUGUACAUAAUGUGAUACAGUCAAGGAGGAAGCACGAUCUUAAAAGGGAACGCAUUCGGACGGUUUUCUUUGUAGUUGUGAUGCGAUCAUGAAGACCUCGGGUCGUAAAGACCUAUUUCCUAAAAAGAAAAAAUUUCUUU